AUGGCUGGCGAUUAUUCGAACCAUUUGUUGAAAAACGUGCAUUUAGGUUUGUCACAACCGGCGAACGGUGAAAGUUUUUUUGUCACGAGCGAAUACGAGUACUGGCAUUACGGCUGCGAUGGCGUAAACGACAGGGGAUGGGGCUGCGGAUACAGAACUCUGCAAACUAUCAUCUCGUCGAUUGUAAAGAAUUUGGAAACUGCUAGGCCUGUCCCUAGUUUGAGGGAAAUCCAAGAGAUUCUUAUUAGUCUAGAAGACAAGGAGAGCUUUUUUCUUGGCUCACGAGACUGGAUCGGCAGUUUUGAAGUCUGCCUCGUCAUCGACCAGCGUUACGGAGUUCCCAGUAAAAUUAUACAUGUACCUAGUGGUAAAGAUUUAAAGAAGUAUUCGGAUGCUAUAAAACAACACUUCAUAGAAUUUGGCAGUCCAAUAAUGAUGGGUGGGGAUAGAGAUUGCUCUAGUAAGGGAAUUAUGGGUAUACAUUACAGUGCGAAGGAGAUAAGUUUGCUCAUAGUAGACCCGCACUUUGUGGGCAAAGCUAAAAACGCUGAGCAGUUAGCCAAUGAUGGCUGGGUGAAAUGGCAGUCUUUGACAGAUUUUGUAGACAGUUCGUUUUACAAUCUUUGUUUACCUCAAAUAAAACAUAAAUCUUUUAGCGAAUAAAUCAA